AAAUUGAAAAACAAGCUCACUCAACAGUACCCGCGAACGAACACUGAAGUUGUUCGCUUUAUCUGUCCCGGAGGAGAAGACUGAGGAAGAGCCUGAGCUGAGCUUGGUCGACCAAACCACACACAGAGAAAGGAACCAAACAAAACCCUAACCAACAAAGUCGUCGCUCCAUGCCUACAAUGUCUGCGCUCCAAAACUCUUCCUCCCUCAACUUCACCCCAAAGCUACUACUUCCCCCUCAACGCCCACUCUUCUACUCCAACCCCCUAUUUCUUCCAUCUUCCUUUCCUCGGAGACGGCGUCGUUUUCUAAUCGCUUCUGCAUCCUCUCCCCUUGUCGCAUCUCUGAAGGAGAAUUUGGGGAUCGUUACAAAGACUUGGACUGACGUUACGAGUUUAAACUAUUGGGUUGUUCGGGAUUAUUACCGCCUUGUGAAAUCUGUUAAUGCCCUUGAGCCGCAAAUUCAGAGACUCACCGAUGAACAGCUUACUGCUAAAACUGUUGAGUUCCGGCAAAGGCUGCGAGAGGGUCAAACUGUGGCAGAUAUUCAAGCCGAAGCAUUUGCUGUUGUUCGUGAAGCUGCCAGGAGAAAGCUUGGAAUGCGACAUUUUGACGUGCAGAUUAUUGGUGGGGCAGUGCUUCAUGACGGUUCCAUUGCUGAGAUGAAAACUGGAGAGGGAAAGACAUUGGUUUCAACACUAGCAGCGUAUCUUAACGCCCUGACUGGGGAAGGUGUUCAUGUGGUAACUGUAAAUGAUUAUCUAGCUCGAAGAGAUGCCGAGUGGAUGGGUAGUGUUCAUCGCUUCUUAGGUCUUUCAGUGGGUCUUAUUCAGAGGGGAAUGACACCUGAACAGAGGAGAUCAAAUUAUAAUUGCGACAUAACAUACACCAACAAUUCAGAACUUGGUUUUGAUUAUCUACGAGACAACCUUGCUGCAAACAUUGAAAAAGUUGUAAUGAGAUGGCCAAAGCCAUUUCAUUUUGCAAUAGUGGAUGAAGUUGAUUCAGUCCUCAUUGACGAUGGAAGGAAUCCUUUGUUAAUAAGUGGUGAGGGUAGUAAAGAUGCUGCACGCUAUCCAGUUGCUGCUAAAGUGGCCCAGUUGCUCAUACGAGGUCUUCAUUACAAUGUGGAACUCAAAGAUAAUUCAGUGGAGUUGACCGAGGAAGGAAUAGAGCUUGCUGAAAUGGCUCUUGACACACAUGACCUUUGGGAUGAAAAUGAUCCUUGGGCUAGAUUUGUAAUGAAUGCACUGAAGGCUAAAGAAUUCUACCGGCAGGAUGUGCAAUACAUGGUCAAAAAUGGGCAGGCUCUCAUAAUCAACGAGCUGACAGGCAGAGUUGAAGAGAAAAGAAGAUGGUCUGAUGGGAUUCAUCAGGCUGUAGAGGCUAAAGAAGGUCUAAAAAUUCAGGCUGAUUCAGUUGUCGUGGCACAAAUAACAUAUCAAUCACUAUUCAAGCUCUAUCCAAAGCUUUCUGGGAUGACUGGGACUGCAAAAACUGAAGAGAAAGAAUUCCUAAAGAUGUUUCACAUUCCUGUUAUUGAAGUACCCACAAAUCUAGCGAACAUUCGAAAAGAUUUACCUAUCCAAGCUUUUGCUACUGCUCGAGGGAAAUGGGAAUAUGUUCGUCAAGAAGUUGAAUACAUGUUUAGACAGGGCCGUCCUGUUCUAGUUGGUACUACAAGUGUUGAGAAUUCUGAAUACUUGUCUGAUCUACUGAAGGAACACAAUAUUCCCCACAAUGUCCUAAAUGCACGAUCAAAGUAUGCUGCUAGGGAGGCUCAAAUUGUUGCCCAAGCAGGACGAAAAUAUGCCAUCACUAUUUCCACAAAUAUGGCUGGUAGAGGCACUGACAUAAUCCUGGGAGGAAAUCCGAAGAUGCUUGCAAGAGAGAUUAUUGAGGACAGCCUGCUUUCAUUUAUUGCAAAAGAAGCCUCUGAUAAGGAAGUUGAUGGAGACGCAGUUAACCAAAAGGUCUUGCUGAAGAUAAAGGUUGGACCAUCAUCAUUAGCUUUGUUGGCUAAGACAGCACUAAUGGCUAAAUAUGUAUGCAAAAGUGAAGGUAAGAGCUGGACAUAUGAGGAGGCCAAAUCUAUGAUAUCAGAAUCUGUGGAAAUGAGUCAGUCACAUAGUUUGGAAGAGUUGGAGAACUUAGUCAAUGAACAGUCAGAGACUUACCCUCUUGGCCCUACUAUUGCACUUGCUUACUCGUCAGUUCUGACAGAUUGUGAGGUUCACUGUUUCCAUGAAGGGUCUGAAGUGAAAAGGCUUGGGGGUCUUCAUGUGAUUGGUACCUCCUUGCACGAGUCUCGAAGAAUAGAUAACCAGCUCCGUGGUAGAGCAGGACGGCAAGGUGAUCCUGGUUCAACAAGAUUUAUGGUGAGUUUGCAGGAUGAGAUGUUUCAGAAGUUUAAUUUUGACACUGAGUGGGCUGUUAGGCUUAUUUCAAGAAUUACAAACGACGAGGAUAUUCCUAUUGAGGGUGAUACAAUAGUAAAGCAGCUAUUGGCACUACAAAUUAAUGCGGAGAAAUACUUCUUUAACAUAAGAAAGAGCUUGGUUGAAUUUGAUGAAGUAUUAGAGGUGCAGAGAAAGCAUGUUUAUAACCUUAGACAGUCAAUUUUAACUGGUGAUAAUGCAAGUUGUUCGCAGCACAUAUUCCAGUAUAUGCAAGCAGUGGUAGAUGAAAUUGUCUUUGCAAAUGUUGAUCCGCUAAAGCAUCCAAGAAGCUGGAGUUUGGAUAAGCUGUUAAAGGAGUUCUCUAUAAUUGGGGGGAAGCGCUUGGAUGAUUCUUUCACAGGAAUCACCAAGGAAACAUUAUUGAAAUCCCUUGAACAAUUGAAGGAACUGAGUUCAAUAGGUAGUAAUGACAUUCAUCUUCCGGGGUUACCAACAACUCCAAAUGUCUUUAGAGGAAUACACCAGAAGAGUUCUUCAUUGAAACGUUGGCUUUCCAUAUGCUCUGAUGAUUUAACCACGAAUGGUCGGUACCGCGCUAUGAGUAAUAUCCUCCGCAAGUAUCUUGGCGAUUUUCUUAUUGCCUCAUAUUUGGAUGUGGUACAAGAAUCUGGUUAUGAUGAUGCAUAUGUAGCAGAAGUUGAGAAAGCAGUUCUUGUGAAGACCCUAGAUUGUUUUUGGAGAGAUCAUCUAAUAAACAUGAACAGACUGAAUUCAGCGGUGAAUGUAAGGAGUUUUGGGCACAGAAAUCCCCUUGAGGAGUACAAAAUUGAUGGGUGUCGAUUUUUCAUAUCAAUGCUUAGCACAACUCGGAGGCUAACCGUAGAAUCACUCUUGCAGUAUUGGUCUUCUCCAAUGGAGUCACAAGAGAUCUUUUUAUCGUAAUUCUAUGACCAUCCAUCCUCGCAUGAAAAUGUAUCCCUUACGUGAUAAUGAGGGGAAAAUAUUUAUAUUUAAUUUAUUAAAAUUUUUGUAUUCCCCCUUUUGGGAUGUUUGUAUAGGGGUUGAAAAUUCCCAAGUUUUAAUUGGAAAUUAACUCAUUUAUAUAUAUAUAUAUUUUCAAAUAGUAUAAAA